CGUGGGUGUGUGGUCUGACAUCUGAGCGCGCGCGCAGUGGUAUUACUGAUCUCACAUCACCUGGCUCGCGUCAGAAGUGAUAAAGCCACACACGCACGAGGAUAUUUAUAGAGAUGAUGAUCAAAGAAGUGUAACAACGCAGAGAAGAUCAGAAAUUCAGCGACAAUAAAUCCAUCUGUUUGGUGUGAAUUAUGCAUGCGUUUGUGUGUGUGGUGUGGAGUGUUGCACUCCUGACAAACACACCGAGUCUCAAAGCUGAGUCCUCUGCAUCUGUUCCAGCCUCGACCACUUUGUCUCUAAAUGAAGCCAUUGACCUCUUUGUGACCUCAAAGAUCAUUGACCCAAAAGAAGCCAUUAGGAUGGACCUCUCUCGUCCCCCACCUGCACCACAACAUAUCAGAAGCCCUGGCACAGAUAGAGACAGACUACAAGGUGAAUCCACUACCUAUCUUCCUACUUUGACUCCCAUUUUGACCAUAAAUCAUCUGAACAUACAGACCACCGACACCAAAGAGCCCAUCACAGAAGUUACCAUCGGCACAGACGUUAUUCGGCCACCAGAAAGCAUCACUAGUCCUAAGUCAUCAACAGAUGCAACACAAGAUAUUACUUCAUCGAUCAUUCCACUGAGGAGCACCACCAUUACACCAGGAUCAUCCAUCCCUUCAUCUACCAAUCUCAGCGAAGAACAUCAAAACUCUUCUCAAUCCACCACCUCUGAGACGAUCCCAACAGUAUCUUUAGUUCCACCUUCUAUUCCAGCUUCUCCUCUAAAAGACUUGAUCACUGGAUCUGCUUCUUUAGGCAAAGACAACCAGGAUGGACCAUCAGAACUAGACGUGGGAGAUGAAGACUCAGACAAAGUGCCUUCUCCUUCUCCGUUGGAUCCUUUGCUUGCUGGCCUGAUCUCCAUCUUCAUCAUUAGCACCGCUCUGCUCUCCAUCAUGCUCUUCCUCAAAUUUCGCCAACAAAGCAGCCAUCCUGAAUUCCACAGACUGCAAGAUCUUCCCAUGGAUGAUCUCUUGGAGGAUACGCCGUUGUCAAGAUAUUCAUAUUAAAGUGGUUCCUGUGGUUCCUAAGACCAGACUGCUAAAAAUGCUUAUGGUGAGAUAUCAUAGGAACCAAACCAGCUAGAGUUGUUUGGGAUGAAAAUUAUUGGUGUUCUCAACGUUUUUACUCUUACAGUGACUGAUAUUAUAUGUAGGAUGUAAGACCGAACAAAAUGUCACUGGUAACUGAAUCACAAAUUCAUUUUCCUUUUUUAUUUAACUGACUCUGUAGUCCUGAAACUGGCUGUCAUUUAUAUAGUUUUUGCUAUGGCUAGGAGGAUGUCAUCUUGUUCUGUUCUUCUUGAUGCUUAAAAUGAAUCAGUUUUCCUGGAGUGAAACCUCUCAUAUAAUAAGGUAGUCAGUGCACUGCUGGAUCUGAUCCAUUUGUAUCAGGACCACAAGCACUACCAUGUCAGCUUCACUGCUGUCCCGAGAAUGAACCAAGUUCUCAGAAGUGGUUAGUAGCUCAGUGGUUAAGCUGUUGGACUACUAAUCAGAAGGUUGUGAGUUCAAAUCCUAACACCACUACACUGCCACUGCUGGAUCCUUGAGCCAGGCCCUUAACACUCAACUGCUCAGUUGUCUAACAAGAUGAAUGUAUGUUGCUCUGGAUAAGGGCGUCUGCCAAAUGCCGUAAACGUAAACAAACCACUACCCAAAUAAUAUCUUAUUUAUUGAUGGAUACAGUGAACGAGGGCUAGUAUUUUCGGCUACAACAAAUGGGAUACAGUCAGUAAUUGUAGACAUACAAUCCUACACUGCCAUAAUCAAAACACUAACUGAGGGAAUAUCUUUUGGAAGAAUGGCACGCCAUCCUUUCAAUAGCCAAUGAAUACCGUUAGAGAGACUUGUAGAAUCGAUCCCUAGCUGCUCGUGGUGGCCCGACACUUUACUAAAAUAUGUCUGUUAAAUAAUGUUGUUGGAGGAAAUCUGUAGAAAUUAUGAUCAUUUUGUUUGUUUGUUCUCUUCAGACCUGAACAAUAGAUUACUCUAAAGUCGGUAACUAGAACAUAUUGAUAGCAAAAGUGUUUUAUGUGCAAACAUGGGUUGGUGCAUAACUAGUAUUUUGUAAAUAAAAUUCAAUUAAUAUCAGAUGUAGCAGUGAAUUAUAUUUCUAGGGGUUUUUUUUUUCAAAUAUUUUUUUGUAAUGUAACAUCUUGUUUUUCUGCCCUGCUGUUCGUACCUAUUACUUUGUGCCAAAUAUAUUUAUUAUUAUUGUAUUAUUUUGUAUGGGUGAGUACUCUAAAGAAUCCCAGUAACACUUUAUGGUUGUGUGUAAAAGUUUACACCCCCAUAGUUUUUUUUUUUUUUUUUUUUUUUUUAAAUGGAAUAAAGGAAAAUGCACUUA